CCAACUGAUUGAUCAGUGCCAGGCCCUGGCCCAGGGACAGGGGGCGUCCCACAGAAAUUGGACAAUGCACAGGCCCUUUUGAUAUUUAAUUUUGCAUCAGCUAUUUCAAAUGCCACUUCCGCAGCUCAUAUUUUAGCUCAAGUUUUAAAAUGGCAACCCCAACUCCAACUCCAGAGGAAUCCUCAGCUCUAGAGCUUAUUAGACAGCAUCUUCUUGGAGACUUCACUUCCACUGACGUCUUCAUCAGUAAUCUUGAUUUCCAUAUCUCUACUCUCACCCACAAUCUCCAACCCAUUAAACUCGAGCACCAUGGUUCUCUUUCCGCCUCAGAAUCCAACUCCUCUGUUUCUGACCCCAUUUACUCUGCCCAUCAAAGCUUCAAUUUCCAACCAAAAACCGAACUUGUCGAUUUAACAUCUCCGGAGCCUCCAGGUUCGGUUAAGCAUUUUCCGCCACCAGAAACCCUGUCAAACACCAAGCCCACGAAUGAGGAAGAUAAGAGGCAUUACAGAGGGGUACGAAGAAGGCCUUGGGGCAAGUUUGCUGCGGAGAUUCGUGACCCGAACCGGAAAGGUAGUCGUGUUUGGUUAGGAACCUUUGACAGUGAUGUAGAUGCUGCAAAAGCUUAUGACUGUGCUGCAUUCAGAUUGAGGGGCAGAAAAGCCAUCCUGAAUUUUCCUCUGGAGGCUGGACUGGCUGAGCCUCCGGCAAACACCGGCAGAAAGAGAAGGAGAGUAAAGAGAGAGGAAGAGUCACCGGAUUCUGGUGACGGGUCAUCAGCGAAUUGGAAUUUGGGUUCCGUGGGAAGGGAAGAAGGGGAGAGAGUAUUUUAUGACGAGCAACUGUCACCGUUAUCUCCAAAACCGGUUUUGCUGACGUGUUAGUACAUGAUUGGCUGGCCCAAGAAGAACUUCCUUGCUUCAUCUGCUGUAGAGCGUAGACUAGUGUUGGUGUACAGUAACUCAUCAAUAUCUUAACACUAUAAAUUAAAGAUUUUAAUCAUUGAACUAUGAGUUCGAUGAUACGAGUGUUUAUCCGACCCCUAUUAAGAGUUGCAUUAAAUUCAUUGAAAUUUAAAUUUGAUCA